CUACUUGGUUCCCCUGGCCCCGUACAUAAGUAUUGGCAGCGCCUCGUCACUCCUCCGCUCCAAACCACCACUACCACCAGACUCCCAUAUCUCCUACACCUCAUAUAUUAAUCUUCGAGCAAUAUGGUUAAAGAAACCAAGUAUUACGACCUACUAGAAUGCUCCCCUGAUGCCUCCGACGCAGAUCUCAAGAAAGCUUAUCGUAAAAAGGCACUGCGACUACAUCCCGACAAAGGUGGUGAUCCUGAACUCUUUAAAGAAGUGACCCAUGCCUAUGAGGUUCUGUCCGAUGCUCAAAAACGCGGGAUCUACGACCGGCUUGGUGAGGCAGGCCUCUCAGAGCAGGGUGGAAUGAGUGGAAUGGAUCCACAGGACCUGUUCUCACAACUCUUCGGCGGCGGCGCGGGUGGGUUUUUUGGCGGCGGCGGCCGGUCGCAAGGGCCACGAAAAGGCAAAGAUCUGGUGCACCGCAUUGCAGUGUCUCUAGAAGACCUGUACAAGGGGAAAACUACGAAGUUAGCCCUCAAUAAAACUGUCAUUUGCACCAAGUGCAAUGGCAAAGGUGGGAAGGAAGGCGCAGUCAAAACUUGCAAUGGAUGCAAUGGUCGGGGCGUCAAGAUCAUUAUGAGACAGCUGGGACCUAUGAUCCAGCAGAUCCAGCAACCUUGCAAUGAAUGUGAAGGGAAGGGCGAAGUGAUCAACCCCAGGGACCGGUGCAAGCAGUGCAACGGCAAGAAAGUCGUGAACGAGCGGACGUUCCUCGAGGUCAAUAUUGACAAGGGAAUGAAGAAUGGCCAAACGAUUACAUUCUCUCAGGCCGCAGAUGAGCAGCCCGGAACGAUUACCGGGGAUGUCGUCAUCGUCGUGGAAGAAAAACCGCACGAUGUUUUCCGACGCGACGGAAAUGAUUUGUUUAUUGAAGCUGAAGUGGAUCUGCUGACGGCGCUUGCCGGCGGUUCGUUCAGUGUACAGCACUUGGAUGAUCAUGCGUUGCAAGUUGUCAUCCCUCCUGGAGAGGUGUUACAACACGGUGUGGUUAAAGUUAUUCGGGGUCAGGGAAUGCCUUCGUAUCGGCACCACGAGAUGGGCGAUCUCUACGUCAACCUCAAAGUCGCGUUCCCGGAGCAUAUUCCACCUGCAGCCAUUCCCCAUUUAGAAGCCGCUCUCCCCCCUCGAAGGCCUAUUCAACCAACACCUAAGGCCAAACACAUUGAAGAAGUCGAAUUGUCAGAUUUAGAUGCUCGGCAGCAAAAGGAGCAGGCCAGACGAGGGCUGAACGGUGACACUGACGACGGCAUGGAUGAAGACGGUGGUGAACCACGGGUGCAGUGCGCCAACCAGUAAUUUAGUCAUUACCCGGACACUUGCUCUGCAUCAACUCCUACUUGCCACGAAAUCCGCGACGCAUCUUUUUCCUUUUAUUAUUCAUGCCUGGCUUUCAAUUUUCACCUGCUAGUACCGUACAAUACUGUGGCAUGUAUCGUAGUGGCCCAUCCUUCAACUUGAGUUAUUUUUAGAGGCA